UUUUUUUUUUUUGCCUUUUAGGAACCUCCACCAGUACCUCUCCGUCAAACUGGUUCGGAUUCUACUUCCCCGAGAGAGAGAUUGCCAUCAACAGGAUCAAGGAUUAGUGAAGUUAGUAACACAUCAACAAUAUCAGGAGCCAGUACUUCAACCACAGGCAGCGGUCAUGAUGUAGGUUCAAUGAAUACUGAGCCGAAAUUAUCAAUGUAUGCAUUCCCAACCGCGACGGGAAAAGAUGGCGACUGUAMUGAACGCUCCCCAAAAACGGGAGACGCUGAAGAUGAUCAAGAAGAUAGUUUCAUGUCCCGAGCUGAACUGAUAAAGCAGCUUGAAAGUAAACAAAAAAAAGAACGUCCUCCGACGUCGCCCAAACAUACUCGUUCUUCAAAUGCAGGUGCUCCACUCCCACCAGUACCACCUCCAGAUUAUGACCAAUUACAGCUUAAGUCUCCCCCUCCAGUUCCUUCUCGAGGACAUUGUCCACGUAGUCCUCGCGCUGCACGCAACCACGAAAGAUCCAAAACCGCACCCGUCAACCCCAUUGACGUCGAACUCGCUCAAAAACCUAACCGAAAUAGCUCACGUUCUGCUAAAGAACCUGCAGGUAAAACCCAAGGUUGUCGCCCGUAUCUGAACAARCACCCAAGCAGUGAUCUUACAGCUUACGGCAGAGUACAAGAAAGCUUCCCGGUAGAAAGAAGAAACUCAUCUGAGCCCGGUUUUAGCAGGUCACCAGCUCCAACGCCUUUGGUUGAUCGACCUCCUGCUCCAGUCCCAAAAGAACCUAUCAAGGAUAAUAGGUCAUCUCGACUAGGGGGGUUUCCCACGCCGAUGGUCUUAGCAAUGCAGGAGCGACAAGCAGAUGAACCUCCCCCUACCCCGAAACGGAAUCAAUCAGCACCCAAGGUUCAACCAAGACCAGCACCUCGCAAAAGCAAAUAAGAAACAACCCUUAAAAGGCUGGCAUAAAUGACUUUUAUACUUAUGGAAUUGUUGGAUGACUAUUCUCAUUGACUUUGGCAGCCAUCUUGAAAAACUGACUUCUUUGCCAAGCUAAGGCCUGAGCUKGAUAUCCCAAGUGAACAUAAGCUAAUGUAUUUGGUUCUUCUCAGAACUCCUUACUUCCAUAAAAACUGAAGAAAGUCUGGGUAAAUAAGUAGUUAACGAUUAUAGAGCAGUUUUCGUAUSACUGUGUAAAUCUCAGUGCCAUAAGCGUGACGUGCCGUGACCGUGACCGUGAUGCUUUCUAGAAUUUUAAUUGGCUGAUUUUUUUUCACGCGCAAUGUGAUUGGUCUGGCAUUGCCUUGAUGCCUCCUCCUGGUAUUUGAUUGGAUGGAGAGUAAAUUAAUUCUAGUGCAAUGUGAUUGGUCUGGCGUAUCCCUUGCCGUGUCACGAUGGUAAACUUUUCUUCGUGCAGUGACUGAGAACUUUUCACAGUCAUACGAAAACUGCUUUAAA